UGCGGGAAGUCCGUUAUCACCCUAGCAACCAGGUUUAGCCAGUUUCUUCAACUGCGGGUUUCCGGCUACUACUUUUGCACAUGCUCGUAUCUUUUCCACCAGACAAUCGUUUCUUCAGGACCCGAUUCUCAUUUGUCUUGGCCCAAGGAACGCUCCGUAGUCAGGGGUGUGGCAGAACUGGAGCCAUAAACGGGAUUUGGAUUGUGAUUGGUUCACCUUUAAUGUUCCCGGAACUCGGUGGGUGUCGCGCGCAGGCUGAAGGGAGUGUGGCUGUCGGCAGCGGGGGCCUGGAGAGCCGACAUGCCCCGGUAUGCGCAGCUGGUCAUGGGCCCCGCAGGCAGUGGGAAGAGCACCUACUGUGCCACCGUGGUCCAGCACUGUGAAGCCCUCAACCGGUCUGUCCAGGUGGUCAACCUAGAUCCGGCAGCAGAACACUUCAACUACCCUGUGAUGGCUGAUAUCCGGGAACUGAUUGAGGUAGAUGAUGUGAUGGAGGAUGACUCUCUGCGGUUCGGUCCCAAUGGAGGAUUGGUGUUUUGCAUGGAGUAUUUUGCCAAUAAUUUUGACUGGCUAGAGAACUGUCUUGGCCAUGUGGAAGAUGACUACAUCCUUUUCGACUGUCCAGGUCAGAUCGAGUUGUACACUCACCUGCCUGUGAUGAAACAGCUGGUCCAGCAGCUGGAACAGUGGGAGUUCCGAGUCUGUGGUGUGUUCCUUGUUGAUUCCCAGUUCAUGGUAGAGUCCUUUAAGUUUAUAUCUGGCAUCCUGGCAGCCCUGAGCGCCAUGGUCUCUUUAGAAAUCCCACAAGUUAACAUCAUGACGAAAAUGGAUCUGCUGAGUAAGAAAGCUAAAAAGGAAAUUGAGAAGUUUCUAGAUCCAGAUAUGUAUUCUUUGUUAGAAGAUUCAACGAGUGACCUACGAAGCAAAAAAUUCAAAAAAUUGACUAAAGCUGUAUGUGGACUGAUUGAUGACUACAGCAUGGUUCGCUUUUUACCUUAUGAUCAGUCAGAUGAAGAAACCAUGAACAUCGUAUUACAGCAUAUUGAUUUUGCCAUUCAGUAUGGGGAAGACUUGGAAUUUAAAGAACCAAAGGAGCAUGAAGAUGAGUCUUCCUCUAUGUUUGAUGAAUAUUUCCAAGAAGGCCAGAAUGAAUGAAACGUUUACUAAAUGUCACCAUAUAUAUGUAUGAAGAUCUUGUGGCCAAAUAAGCAGAAUAUUCUCUUCAAAAGAGGCAGUAGUAGAAAGCUGCUUAUUUUAAGAAAAAAGGAAUACUUGGCUCUUUGCCAGGAGCAUCCCUGGAUCAAGUUAUAAGUUAUUCUGAAACUGCUUCUGUUUAAGGGGAAUCUUUUAGACCUGGAAGAGGAGCUCAGUGGAAGAACACCAUGAAGCACAUGCAGAGCCCUGGCUUUGAUUCCCAGUACCACAAGGGGGAGGGGGGCUGUAAUCUUUAGUGGGAUUCUAAUCAUAUCAAUUUAAUUAUUUUUUUCUUUUUAGGUUUUAUGUAGUUCAGUCUGGCCUUGAAGUCACUGUGUAAUCCACCAGGCUAGAAUUCAUGGCAGUCUUCCUGCCUCAGCCUCAUAAGUGCUGGGAUUACAGGUGUGGGCCACCACACUUGAUUUAUCAAUUUAGAUUUUAAAAAUCAGAGUUCAGAUGAGGACAAUAGAUAUAGCUCAGUGGUAGAGGAUGCUUGGCUUGUGGUGUAAGGCCCUGAGUUUAAUCUGCCACCAAAAGAAAAAAAAUUAAAGUGAGUGCAGAUAGGUUUGUAUAUAAUAUAGGUUAGUACCUGUUCUGUAUAUCUAAGGCUAGUCGAACUUUAUUUUUAUGGCUAGAUUUUUUUUUUUUUUGAGAGGCACAAAUUAUGUUAACAAAAUUAGGUAUUUAUCUAUCUCCAAAGGAAAAAAAUUUGAAAAGUUAUAGAUAACACCAUUGCCUAUCUGUAUCUUUUUAUUUUUCUACAUUGAAAAUUUAUUAUUUGUAUAAUUAAAAAAUUAAAAUAACUAUUUUGAGAUAUAUGUGUAUAUAGGAAAGAAACAGAAGGGCAGCACUAAACUAUCAUUACACUCUUGUUUCCCAGGCAGAAUUUGAAAUUCAUAGCCCAAGCAAAGAUUUGAAUGCGUAAAUUUUCCUAAGUAUCAAAAUGUAGGCCAUGUUGUUUUUAAAAUGCAGUCUCGGGCCAGGGAUCCUCAGUGGUUCUGCCACCUACCCCGCAGGCAAAAGGACCCGAGUUCAAUCUCCGAUACCAAAAAUAAAAUAAAAUAAAAUGCAGUCUGAGCAUUUAAAACUUUAUCCAUUCCUUGAGUAAUAUGCACCAAAAUGCAAAAGAAAUCCUUAAGUACUGCCAGGCCUUGUGUUAAACAUUUUUACAUCAGCUCUUUCCUUUAAUCAUCACACAGGCCUCAGCCUCCAGUGCUCAUUUGCUCACUGAUCUGCCGCCUGCACAGAUUAAGCCCUCACAGAAACCCUGCAACUUGGGUUCAGCUUUCAUCGUUCUUUGGCCUAGAUAGCAGAAGUCCAGCUGCAGUGUCAAAUUUGGUCCAUUUUAGCUGGGGAUUUAGCUCAGUGGCACCAUGCCUACCUUGCAAGCUCAAGGUCCCCAGUACCAAAAAAAAUUUGAUCCAUUUUAAUUAAAGAAGCAAAAUGAGGCACCAAGGGCAUCACUGGUGGCUUGUGUGGUAACCUGGAGGAGGGAAAUUGCCAGGUGUCCACAGCACUGAGUGGUGGUGUGAGCUGUUAUCUCACCAGUGCCCAUCAGAGAAGAGCAUGAGGAACUAUCCAGGGCUGCUUGGGGACUUCCUGUGGCCCUCAGAAAAUGAAAGGGUGGAGACACCCCAAUCGCCCAGUGUUAGUGUAUUUGGGGAGAUAAAGAACUUCUCUUGCCCUCUUCAUUUCUCCCUAGGCUGUACCUCCUUGCUUUAGCUUCUGGAGAACCUAGUAUGUCCCCCUGGGAGGAAAUGAGCCAAAUUCUGCUGCCUCUCCCUGUGGACAUGGGCUUCAAAGAAUCUGACCUUCCAGGCCUCAGGGACUUUACUGUCUGAUAUGAGUUUAAUGAGUUUAACACAGUUCAUUGAGGUUCUGUGGAUGCCAGGCACUGGACAGGAAAGAAUGCUCACAACAGACAAGGCCUUACUCAGAUGGGGCCGACUUCCUAGUAAACACUUCAUUCACCUGCUGAAGGGUAGGAGGUGAAAAAGGUAAUAAAGUGGAGUGACUAAGGGGUACUCUGGGCCUCUUCUAGCUGGGUGUGACGGUGCAGGCCUGCACUUCCAGCACUCUGGGAGGAUGAGGCAGGAGGGUCACAAACUGAAGGCUAGCCUGGGCACUUUAGUGACUUAGACUGUGUCAAAAUUUAGGAAGGAGGGCCCGGGGAUUUAGCUCAGUGGUUCUGGUGCUGGCCUCCCAAGCGCAGGGUCCCGAGUUCAAUCCCUGGUACCAAAAAAAAAAAAAAAUUUAGGAAGGAGGGCCUGGGAUUUAGCUCAGUGGUUUCGAUGCCUGCUGCUCAAGCCCAAGGAUCCAAGUUCGAUCCCCGGUACCAAAAAAAAAAUUUAGGAAGGGCUGAAAAUACAGCUUUGUGAAGGCCCUAGGCUCAAUGCCCAGUACCACACACAAAAAAAGCCUCUUCUUUUAGUGCUGUUUGGCCAGGGGGCUAAAUGAGAACUCAAAUGUGGAAAUAGGUUUAUUUUGUUCUUUGAGACAGGGUCUUGCUCUGUAGUCCAGACUGGCCUUGGACUUGCAGCAUUCCUCCAGCCUCAGCCUCCCAAGUGCUGGGAUUACAGAUGUGUUCCACCAUGCCCAGCUCAGAUGUGGAAAUAGGAUCCAGAAUAUUCCAGUCUGCAGGACUAGAGACAAAAAUGGCACAGAAGCAAUAAUAAACAGCUUUUCACAUGA